CGCUCAACCCGGUCCAGCCAUCACUGGCGCCAGACUCAUGUUCAGUGUCCAACGUCAACUCGCGCAAGCAUGAAUAGUCUGCAGGCUAUCACUGGGACACACUCUACCACUCAUUCCAUAGCAAGCACUCCUCUCAACCGCCCGCCACUUAGUGCUCAAGAAAGUCGAGAAAAACGACUUGCACAUCAACAGUCCCGCUUCAGGGAUCGCGGCGGUGUAUUCGUCCCUCAACAAAGGACAGCUCUUCUUGACAUUCUCCUUGGCAAAACUACUUUAAAGCAGGUCACUGCUCGACGACGGUCAAGAUCGCGCAGUACAUCGCACUCCCCUGUUCGAAGAAAGAGUAUCAAAGGCGCUCUGGGUGACAAUGGCGAACCUGCAUAUUUACCGAGGGUGAAAAAAGGUCGCAAGUCGGUGAUAGAGGUGGCUCAUAACGAUGAGGGGCCAGUUGCUGGUCCCUCAAGACCUAAGAAAGCAAUAUCUCAUAAAUUAAGGGAGAAAGCUGAUACAGUUAAAAGCAAAAGGUCACUCCCAGAGAAAUCUAUACCCAAACUAAGUGCUGGCCCGGACGAGCUGAUCGUCGAUUCGCCAAAUGUUCUAUUGAAUGCUCGUGACUCUAGAAAGACUAUUGCUUCUCUUGACGAGAAGACCCAUGAGAUCCCGAAACCUCGCCGAACAUCAUCCAGGAAGACAAAUGCACCUGCCAAUACGAGGAAAGGGAAGGAGAUAGCGACGCAGGACGCAGAAGAAGAGACGGAACCUGACGGCACAGGAAAGAAGAAUACUAGGAAAGGCAAAUCCAAGGCAGCUGUCACGAAACCGAAGGACAAGAAGGCACCGCAAACUAGAUCGAAAGCACCUCAGGCUACCGCUCGUAAAUCAGCUCCCAACCUCACCCUACCAAGCGAAAAUGAACAGGACUCUAAUGAGGGCGAUAAAACAUCUGAUUAUCCCUCGUCUCCCCUUGCUCACAGAGCGAAGAGGCGUGCUGCUACCAAGAUCAAGAACUACACCGAAGAUGAUACGGAACACGAAGUCGAAGAUGCUCGCCAUCAGAAGAAAGCCUCACAAGCGGAAACGAAGUCUGCGGUCUCCAAACAUUCCACAAAAAUCGCUCAGCAGCGGCAAAAGCAUGCUGAUCUUCAGGAGGUGGUCGUGGAAGACACAAUCAAGCAGAACACCAGGCCUGCGCUCACACCUGUGCCUGAGGAAUCUGAACCAGAAUCUGAAGCUGAACGUGAAGGCAUUGUAGCCCGUCGUGCUCAAGAUCUUGCCCGUGCCAUCUCCAAAACAGUAGAGGAUUUCGCUCCUGUUUCUAGAGACCAAGUUCACACUGACAAGGUCCUCGAGAAGGGGUUGGUCGUGGCGAAAGGGAGGCAGAGAAAAAAGAAUGCGGUUGUCCUAGAAGAGAAAGGGAAGGAUUUUGUGGUCAAGAGUACUCUGGUCAAUGAUGAGAUGGAAGCUGCGAGCAAGCAGGACCAAAAGAAUCUCGACAGCACCAAGGUGAAAGGGAAAAGAGGUGCGACAGACGAGAAGAAUAAUAUCACUGGGUCGUCGAAAUCCACGGAAAGCCCCAAAGCUGCUAGAGGUGGGAAGGGUCGAGGUCGGACAAAGACCAAAGCUCCCGACAGUCUGAAGGAGAAUGUGAUUGUCUCUUCUCUUAUCGAAGAAUCUGAGGCCACAGUUUUGCCAUCCCCGCCGCGUCCACUCAAACGUACAAGACCAAUUGUCGAACCGGAAGAUGUUGAGAGUAUUGUGUCGUCGCGAACGAGAAAGAAGGUAAGGACCAUAGAAAAGCCGACUGCCGUCACAAAUCCACCUUCGACGUCGAGAUCGCGGAAGGGCAAGCCAACUGUUCCUCAAGAAGACGAAGCAGUACCGUAUGGGAUAGAGAGAAACGAUAAGAGUAGUGCUGAUGCUUCACAAAACAAACGCAAGCGAGCUGUUCUUACGGAGGCUAAAGAUCAUGAAGAAGCUAGUGAACAUGAACCCGACAAGAAGAAGAGCAAGUCGAGGAAGACUGCUCAGGAAAAAGACCCACCUCCUGAACUAAAUUCUUCGACAAAACCACGACUAAAAACUGCUUCUAGGAAGCAGAAAGAGAACCCAGCCACCGCUGCACCAUCGAAAUCUGCAGACACUUCCAAACCUUCUGUCCCUCCUGCGAAGAAAACCGCAAAGCCUCAGUCUAGGAAGCCCACGUCGACUUCGAAGAGAGGACCCCCACAGAGUGUUCUCGAUCUUAUCAAGAAGUCAGCUGCUGUGAAUAGUAUUCACGUCGUUGACGAUGAGCCGGAUGAGCUUAACCUUCUCUCAUGAUCCCAGCACGAACCUUUCACUUCAUUAAAUCAUACUCCCCUGUGCCACACAAGCUACGAACUAUCCUUAUUUCUUGACAUUCCAAUCUGUAGGAGUCCACAGCUCAUUGUAUACACAUUUUGUUGAUUGACGUGCCAUAUCUUAUGAAUCAUGGCACAAAGAAUACAUCACAUUGUAUCAAGAUGCAGGCCCUGAGAAGAACGAAAAACGAAGUACUCU